UUAUUGGUCGCUGCAUAUGUGGAAGUGCUCGGUUCGUUGUUGUUAGUCAUCCGGGUUCAAUUCAUCAUGGCGGUACCCGCUGGAAGGUCUGUGGUUUUCGUGACAGGGAACGCAAAAAAACUUGAAGAAGUCAUUCAGAUCCUGGGCGACAAGUUUCCCUACAAACUAGUGGCGAAAAAGAUCGACUUGCCUGAAUACCAGGGAGAGCCAGAUGAGAUCUCCAUACAGAAGUGUAAGGAGGCUGCACGACAGAUUGAUGGACCAGUCAUAGUAGAGGACACCUGUCUAUGUUUCAGAGCUUUGGGGGGAUUACCUGGUCCUUACAUUAAAUGGUUCCUGGAAAAACUCAAACCAGAAGGUUUGUACAAACUUCUAGCUGGAUUUGAGGAUAAAUCUGCAUGGGCUCUCUGCACUUUUGCGUUCUCUGCUGGGAAAGAUGAACCCAUUCAGCUCUUCAGAGGGAAAACAGAGGGGUGCAUUGUAGAACCCAGGGGGCCUCGAGACUUUGGCUGGGAUCCCUGUUUCCAGCCAGAUGGAUAUGACAAAACCUAUGCUGAACUGCCCAAAGAAGUUAAAAAUUCAAUCUCCCACCGGUACCGGGCGCUUGCUGCCAUGUCUGAGUAUUUCUCUCAAACCAACAAUACCUCACCACAGACCAAGAAGAAAAAGGAGGAAGAUUAAAGAUAACUUUUGCUCCAACUUCAGGCUUUGAAGUUGCAGUAUUAUGCAUCAAAUAUAAAGGGAGAAAAUAUUCCUUAAUACGAAACUGUUUGUUAGCCCAGAAAAAUAUAAAAGAUAAAACAUUUUUGAUGCGUACCCGUAGUCUCUUAAGCAGGCAAAGUGCUGCGUAAUAUCUGUUUUCUCUUAUUUUUUAAUAAAUGUUUUUGAACAAAUCCA